AUGGGCAGGACCCACCAGAAAUUUUUGUGGUGGGUGCCAGCUUCUUGUGGUUGCGAACGAGCCUCCCGUCACUUACAACGACCCAAACAUCAACUAUCCGCCAUGGGUUCGUUAAAGCGCAAAGAGGGCCCCGACGGCUCUGCCUCCAAGACGGCAAAGCCUACAAAUGAUACGCGACCCUCCAAAAGGGCGAAAGGAAGCGAUUCAACCAAGGACUCCAACAAGAAGGGCGACGCAAAACCAUCAAAGCCGUCUACCCCAGCAACAUCUCUGAUCAAGGAGGAAGAGCCAUUGUUUCCCAGAGGUGGCGCCAGUGUCUUGACCCCCCUCGAACAAAAGCAAAUUCAGAUCCAGGCCAAGAACGAUGUCCUCUUCGAAGAGGCUGCCAGCAAGAAAUCUGGAGGAGAGAAAUCCAAGAAGAAGAAGGCACGCAAGUCCAAGGGUGGAGAGGUAGAACCUGUGAAAGACGAGGAUGCCAUCAAGGUAGAAAGCUUGAACUUCAAGCGCUUGGUCAAGGGCUCCCUGGUGCUCGGUACAGUCUGCGGCAUCAACCUCACCGAUGUUGCCGUUGCGCUUCCCAACAACCUCGUCGGCCACGUUCCAAUUACGGCUAUUUCAGAUAUCUUUACACAAAGGUUACAGGCAAUCGCCGAGAAGGACGAGGAGGAGGAUCAAGCAGACGAGGACGACGAGAACAUCGACCUCCAAACUAUCUUCCGAAUGGGCCAGUAUGUUCGCGCCUACGUUGUAUCAACACACGAUGAUUCGGUCGACGGAAAGCCCAAGCGCCACAUUGAGCUAUCACUCCAGCCGGCGCUCGCCAACUCUGGCAUGUCAGAGCAGGAUAUCGUCGAGAACACUACUCUUAUGGCUUCGGUUGUUAGUGUGGAGGAUCAUGGUUUUGUUAUGGAUGUCAACAUCUCAGACUCAAAAUUGAAGGGCUUUUUGCCUCGGAAACAACUCGACAAGGGCAUUCCGGAAGAAAGUGUUCAGCCUGGCUCAGUUCUGCUUUGUAUUGCGACCAGCAAAGCUGCCAGCGGCAAGGUUGUACAGCUUUCCACCUUGGAGGACCGCAUCGGCAGCAUCAAAAGCUUCCCAUCCGAGGCCACGACUAUCGACUCGUUCCUACCAGGCACCGCGGCCGAUAUCCUGGUUUCCGAAGUCACCGAGCACGGCCUUGUGGGCAAGGUGAUGGGUCAUUUGGAUGUGACUGCUGAUCUGGUUCACUCAAACGCUGGCCCUGGUGCCGUUGACAUUGUGGACGAGUACAAGGUUGGCUCGCGGAUCAAGGCGAGGAUCAUCUGCAAUUUCCCCACCGCAAGAAAGCCCAAACUCGGCAUUUCCCUGCUGCCACACGUGCUGUCACUUAAACCGAAAAUCGCCAAAACCAAGAACGACAUCGAAUCGUUGCCAGUGGACAUUCUCGCCCAUUCUACCAUUAUUGAAAAGUGCACUGUUCAAAGGGUUGAGCCCGAAAUUGGUCUCUAUGUUGAUGUUGGUGUCGAGGGUGUACCAGGCUUCGUGCACAUCUCCAGAGUGAAGGAUGGCAAGGUGGACUCGCUGUUCGAGACCAGCGGCCCUUACAAGGUUGGGUCCGUCCACGCUGCUCGUGUAGUUGGCUACAAUCCUUUCGAUGGCAUGUACAACCUGUCGAUGGAGAAGAGUGUCUUGGAGCAGCCAUUCUUGAGAAUACAAGACAUCCCCGUGGGAGUGGUGGUGCCGGGUGUGGUUGAAAAGUUGGUCGUCAACGAGCACGGGCUUGGCGGUUUGAUCGUGAAGGUUGCCGAGGGUAUUUCCGGUCUGGUUCCUGAAAUGCAUCUUUCCGAUGUCCAUCUGCAGCACCCCGAGAAGAAAUUCAGGGAAGGAAUGAAGGUCAAGACCCGUGUCCUGUCAACCAACCCAGUAAGACAUCAGCUGCGGCUUACCUUGAAGAAGACACUGGUGAACUCCGAUGCUCCUCCGGUCAAGUCAUACGACGAGCUUGCCGUCGGGCUUCAGACGUUCGGUACUAUUGUUAAGCUUCUGGAUCGGGGUGCUAUCGUUCAGUUUUACGGACAGCUUCGUGGUUUCCUUCCGGUGUCUGAAAUGAGCGAGGCUUACAUCCAGGAUCCCAAGGAGCAUUUCCGUGAGGGCCAGACUAUUAGUGUUUACGUCCUCAGCUUUGACCCCGAGGAAAAGAGAAUGAUUGUGUCCUGCAAGGACCCAUCAGCCUUUGGUUUGGAGAAGCAGGUUGCACUGAAGAAGCUCCAAAUUGGCAACUUGGUUACCGCCAAGGUCACACAAAAGACAGAAGACGAUAUCUUUGUCGAGCUCGUCGAGGGCUCGUUGAAGGCCAUCCUCCCUGUCAGACACCUUACCGACAAGUCGGUCAGCAAAACACAGUCUGCGCUCAAGAAGAUCCACGUCAAUCAGACUCUUACGGAACUGGUUGUUCUUGAAAAGAACGAAGCUCGUCGGUCCAUCAUCCUCUCUCACAAGCCAAGCCUUGUCGAAGCGGCGAAGAAGGGCAAGCUUCUUCACACAAUUGACCGGGCACGUGUGGGUGAUGUUGUACCUGGCUUCAUUCGCAACACAACUGCCACGGCCGCCUUCGUCCAGUUUGCUGGCAGGCUGACAGCGCUGCUCCCCAAGACCAAGCUGCCACGCGACAUCCAGGAUAAGCCAAGCUUUGGCUUCCAAAAGCUGCAGUCUGUCACUGUCAAGAUCACAUCGGUCGACAAGGAUCUUAACCGUAUCGUUGUUGCUAUCCCAUCGGAGGGCGGUGAAGACGUUCAGGCAAAGGCCUCUAGCAAGUCGGCCGACAAGGCUAUGAAUGCCCUGGAUCUGUCGGUCUUGACUAUGGAAGAUCUCCCGAUUGGCAAGAUCACUAAGGCGAGGGUAAAGUCUGCCAAGGAUACACAGAUCAAUGUUGACCUUGCCGACAACGUCCAAGGCCGUAUCGAUGUUUCGCAGGUCUUUGACAAGUUCGACGACAUUCGCAGCGUGAAGAAGCCUUUGGGCAAGUUCAAGACUGGCGAAAUCAUCGACGUGCGUGUUCUUGGUAUUCAUGACGCUCGCAACCACCGUUUCUUGCCCAUUUCUCACCGCUCAAGCCACACGGUCUUGGAGCUCUCGGCCAAGCCAAGUGAUCUUCAAGAAGGCUCUACCCCAGAGCCUCUGAGCUACGCGAAGCUUGAGGUGGGGCAAACUCAUCUGGCGUUUGUCAACAAUGUCGCUCAGAAUCACAUCUGGGUCAACCUGUCACCUAAUGUUCGCGGCAGAAUCAGCGCCGUUGAGCUCUCCGAUGACUUGUCAAAAUUGCAGGAUGUGGCGAAGAGUUUCCCUAUCGGCUCUGUCCUCCAAGUCCGUGUCAUCCACGUGGACGCAGAGAGGAACCGUCUCGACCUCUCGGCUCGCGAUCCCAAUGCAGAGAACCCGUUGACCUGGGACAAGAUCCAGAAGGGUAUGGUGCUUCCUGGAAAGGUCACCAAGACUACCGACAACGUAGUGUUUGUUAAGCUCAGCGAGUCUGUGGCUGGACCUGUUUUCUUGUGCGAUCUUGCGGAUGAUUACGAGGAAGCCAACCCUCUGAAGCAUUCCAAGCACGAAAUUGUCCGUGUCGCCGUGCUCGAUAUCGACAAGAGCAACAAGAGAUUGAGAUUGUCGAUGCGCCCCUCUCGCGUGCUCAGCUCAAGACUCGAGGUCACAGACAAGGAGAUCACUAAGGACACCAAGAUCGCUGUGGGCGAUGUCCUUCGUGGGUUCGUCAAGAAUGUGUCUGACAAGGGUCUCUUUGUUACGCUUGGCGGUGACAUUGUGGCUAUGGUCCAGAUCAAGAACUUGUCAGACUCUUACCUGAAGGACUGGAAGGAGCACUUCCAGAUUGACCAGCUUGUCAAGGGCCGUAUCAUUUCUGUCAGCAACGGUCGCCUGGAGAUGAGCUUGAGGCCUUCCAUCCUGAGCAAAGACUAUGUGCCCCCAAUCACAUUCUCGGACCUGAAGGAAGGUCAAAUCGUAACGGGCAAGGUCCGCAAGGUGGAGGACUUCGGUGCUUUUAUCGACAUUGAUGGUUCUGAUCGUCUCUCCGGUUUGUGCCACCGCUCUGAAAUGGCCGACAGAGCGAUCAAGGACGCCAAGGCGCUCUACAGUGAGGGUGACAAGGUCAAGGCUCGUGUUCUCAAGGUGGAGGAGAAGACAAAGCGCAUCAACCUCGGCCUGAAGCCGUCGUACUUUAAGGACGACGAUGAGAUGGACGUGGAUAGCGAUGAAGAUGCUGGUGCCGCCUUGGACAGCGAGGAUGAAGACAUGAGCGAUGCUGGUGCUGGCGGCGCCCUCGUUAUCAAUGCUGACUCUGACGAUGAGGAUGAUGAUGAUGACGCUGGCAGCGACGUCGAGAUGGAUGAUGCCCAAACAGAAGGCGUCAAGGGUCUCGAGACCGGCGGCUUCAGCUGGAAUGCCGAUGCUUUGGAUGAAGAUGACAAGGCCGCUGGCAGCACUGAUGAGCCGAUCAAGAAGAAGAAGCAGCAGCAGCAGCGUGAGUCUCGGGCCCAGGUCGACCGGACAGCCGAGCUUGAUGUCAACGGGCCUCAGACGACGAGUGAUUACGAGCGUCUCCUUCUGGGUCAGCCUGAUUCGUCAGAGCUGUGGAUUGCCUACAUGGCUUUCCAGAUGCAAGUCAGCGAUCUUGCCAGCGCGAGACAGGUGGCUGAGCGUGCGAUCAAGACGAUCAACAUCAAGGAGGAGCUUGAGAAGCUGAACGUCUGGAUUGCUUACCUCAAUCUCGAGGUUGCCUAUGGCACAGAGGAGACUGUUGAGGAGCUUUUCAAGCGUGCCUGCACCUACAACGAUGAGCAAGAAGUCUACGAGCGUCUGGCCAGCAGUUACAUUCAGUCUGGCAAGCUCAAGGAAGCAGAUGACCUCUUUGAGAAGAUCAUCAAAAAGUUCGGUUCCAAGUCCCCCAGCGUCUGGAUCAACUAUGCCCAUUUCCUCCACACCAAGUAUGACCGUCCCGACAAGGCCCGUGCCCUUCUUCCCCGCGCCGAAAAGUCGCUGGGAGGCGGGAAGCCCGUCAUUCUGGAGUUGAUGCCCAAGUUUGCCGCGCUCGAGUUCCGCUCUUCCAACGGUGACCGCGAACAGGGUCGCUCACUGUUUGAGACCAUUCUCGCCGCCUUCCCCAAGAGAUUCGACUUGUGGAACCAGUUUGUCGACCUUGAGACCUCGGUCGGCACUACUGAUCCCGCCACUGUCCGUGAUUUGUUUGAUCGCGGCAGCAAGGUCAAGGGUCUCAAGCCCAAGCAGGCCAAGACUUGGUUCAAAAGGUGGGCGCAGUGGGAGGAUAAGAAUGGGGAAAAGAAGAGCAGGGAGAGGGUUAGCGUCAAGGCGCAGGAGUGGGCUAAGAAGGCGGCUGAGAAGAAGGGGAAGGUCGUUGAGGAGGAGGAGGAGGAGGAGAGCGAGGAUGAUGAGUAGAGAGUAGGGGUGUGUAUAUUUGAGAUGUUGAUAAAGAGGGGGAAGGGGAAGGAAGCAUUAUUCACGGGAGGGGGGAGGCGGAGUUGAUACCGGCAUGGCCAAAUCAUGGUUUUUUCUUUCUUUUGUUAAAAUGUAAUUGUCUCUACAGUAGUUACUCACUGUUGGUUUCUGGUCUUGAUAUCCAGGAAGGUUUAUAAAAAUGAAAAGCAGGUGUUUUGGGUUUGCUUUCAUUGACAGUGCUCGUCAGCCGCGCUUGUGAUUUACAGCCUUGCCUUUUCUAGAGUGAUGUGUAUAACCCCCACCCCACCUCCUGCUCAACCUCCAACCUCUUCCAAGCAGCCAAGAGAAUGUAAGACAAAACCAGGAGCAAACAUUCCUAGAUUUUCUUGUUCCCUUCCUCAGUCGGAUGUGUGAUUCCCAAAGUGAACAAGGAUGAUGCUUGUUUUGGGUUUGUCGUGUAUAAAACCGGGUUUGUUGUUGUUGGUUGGAGGUGCAUUUGCAUAUGGGAAGCGACUAGAAGAGGGAGAUCGGCAACCUACAUAUAUACUAGUGUAGUCUUACAUAUGUGCUCUCUAUCACACCGGGAAAAGAAGAAAGGAAAGAUCGCGCGGCGUGCGCACUGUGGCGAAACCGGUGAAAGGGGGGGGGGGCGGAUUGUGGCCAGUUAGGAGGGGUGGAAGGGGUCCGAAAGAGGAUGGGGGGUUGGUUUUGUCUUUCUUGGGGUGAUCGGCACGGUAUGGAAAUUUCUAGUGUGUAUGUAUGUAUAUGUAGAUAGGUGUGUUGUUGUUGCUUUUUUGGGGGUGAUGGCUUGCUGCACAGUAUGCAUGAGGAGGGAAAGGUAUGAAUCACGAAUGGGAGGUUUCCCGAUUGUGGGUUGAGUCAGAGGUAUUGUUUAUUUUUCUGGAGGUGUGUAGCACGCCACCUCACUUUGAGACAUGGGAAGGUUGUGAGGUUUGUUUUAGACAUGCGUUUUUGCGGUUGAGGUUGCCGAAGUUGAGAGGUUGUGAAGGAUAGGCCGGGAUACUGGAUCUGGUGAUGGGGUUGAGAGAGGUGUCCCGCGUAGUGACGUUUUAUCUUUUUAUGGCAAGCACGCUCACUCACUCACUCGCUCGCUUUAGCACCUCAGGUCAUUUUCCCAUGCCAAACUCAUACUACACCCCCAAUCUCUAUCAUUGACAUUUAAACCACUGGUCAAACCGGAACAGGCCUCAUGAAUGAUUAGAACACUUUUGAUCGAUAUUGAUUUGGUACCUCUCUCUCUUCUCUCUUAGAAAGCUCGCUAAGAUGCAAAAUGCACACAGAACUUUGUUUCCCAGUCUUUCUCUCCGUAUCGGUAAGACCAUAAAAGCAAAAAGCAGAACGAAAUGCACAAGCUUGACAUGCUCACUCUUAACUCCGUCGUCGCCCUCGUCAACUGAACCGUGAUACCAAAAGUCUCAUAAAAGAGAUCUAGUUCAAGCGACACCAGUUACACCCAAAAAGAGCAAGAAAAAAAAAACAUCCAACCCGGAGGAGACUCUCGUUUUUCCGUAUUCGCAGUCCGUUUUGGUCCCCCUGUGUUCCGUGGCCCCGAACUUUUCCCGUUUCCUUUUGUCCAGUUCGUCCCUUCGUAAUUGUUGCUGUUGUUCCGUCAUGUGAGUGUUUUCUCGGAAAGAAAAGUGAAAUAGGAGAUCAAAAAAACAAGAUGAUGGGGUAUCUGUUCGCUCUUUGCUAGAAAAAAAGCAUCUGAACUUGUCUGUGUGGUUGACCAGUUCAGCUCUGUUGCUUGUGGUUGUUGUUGUCACCAUGGCGUUAGCAUUUCAAAUGCCACCCGCCACUCUUCUCUCCGCCCUUUCUGAGCGGUGUCCUCUCAUCAUCAUAAUCAUCAUCACCAUCCC